UUUGGCCCGCUCAAAUAUUGCUUCAAGAAAAAAGCUGAUUUACAUUUUAUUUCCCAUUGGUUGUUUUUGAAAUGCUGUUGAAAAGCUACAAGAGUCAUUCUUUUCCGUUACCAAUGCAAUAUCCAAAAAUACUUGGAAACUAUGUUAAAAAACCAUUAUCUCGUCCAUCAGCCAUCAUGAUAGUCCUAUUCAUUGUUCUCAACGCUUUAUUCGGAACCUUUCUCAUGCGUAUCUAUUUGAAAUCGGCUCAUCUUGAAAACCCACCAGUUGACGAAGUCUUAGAUAUCUCGGUGUUGUGGUUGGCACCUUUUCUGAGUGGCUCAGGAUAUGGUGCUGAAGCUCUUAGUUUUAUUCAAGGUUUACAUAAACAUGUCACUCAAUUAUCGAUAUAUCAUUUCGGCGACAUCGUCGAAGAAGAAUAUCUCGCUUCCUUGGGUGAAGAAACACAACAGCUUUUAAAACAACUAUGGGCAUCCAAUGAAACUCUGCCUCGCUAUUUCAUCAAAAAACAGUAUGAAGAUGAGGAGAUUGCAAGAAAAAUAGACAGUCGCAAAAGAAUGUUUCCAGAUGGUUCAUUUAUUAUGGAGCCUAUUUUAAGAAAGUUGCAUGAUGUUGUCAUCGUACAAAGUAUACCUCGUGGAUGGGAACCUUUUCUCUUCGAAACUGCAAAAUAUAGAGUGGGAAGAACGGUCUUCGAAACUGAUCGUCUACCAGAUGAAUGGGCAGAACACUGUAACAACGAAGUAGACGAAGUCUGGGUGCCAACUCAAUUUAAUGUGAAAACUUUUUCAGGCAGUGGAGUGAAACCCGAUAUGCUACAAGUCCUGCCACAAACAGUUGAUACUAAAACAUUUUCCGAUCCUUCUAUAACGCCUCGACCUCGACCACCAGAAUGUCUCGAAUCAGACUUUAUCUUUCUUUCCGUCUUUCGAUGGGGUGGAAGAAAAGGAACGGAGUUCCUAUUGGAAGCCUUUCUACGUGAAUUUUCACCUGACGAUUCUACUUGUUUGGUAGUUCUUACAGCAACACACAAAAUGAAAACAAAUGCAACUUAUUAUCAUGGACUCAUUCAUCAAUUUGCAAAUGAUUUGGGUAUUACUUCAGCUAUUCGACCACGAAUAGCUGUAUUGGAACCUUCUCUAUCGAAUCAAGAUAUGCCAGGACUUUAUGCCAUGGCUGAUGCAUUUGUAUUGGCGUCAAGAGGAGAAGGAUGGGGGCGACCUUAUACAGAAGCAAUGAUGAUGAAUGUACCAGUUAUCGCGACCAACUGGAGCGCACAUACAGAGUUCAUUACUCCAGAGACUGGAUAUCUCAUAGAGGUUGAAAAGCUGGACUUGUUUCCAUCUGAAGAUGAAGAAAUGAUGAACUAUUGGGGACAUCUAUUGGCAAGACCUUCAACAUGUCAUCUUCGUCAAUUGAUGAGAUAUGUCAAAGACAAUCCCGAAGAUGCCAGAAAAAAGGCUGUCAAUGCCAAACAAAUGAUUUCCACUCGAUUCAACCAAGAUGCCGUAACAAAUACUAUUCUUCAACAUUUGAAGAGAAUCAAAGCCAAGCUGACACAAGAAAACGUGGAGAGUAUGUUACAAGCUAGAAAGAAGCGAAUUAUCGCUCAAGGUGCCAUUUAGAGUAAAAAAUGUAGUAAUAAAGAUGACUGUUUUUGA